AUGAAGGUGGACUCCUCCUUUCACAAUCACACUGGCCCACAGGAUGUGUGGUAUGUUCUGAUUGGGAUCCCAGGCCUGGAACACCUGCACGCCUGGAUUGCCAUCCCCAUCUGUUCUAUGUACAUCGUGGCUGUCAUAGGCAAUGUUCUCCUGAUCUUCCUGAUAGUGACUGAACGCAGUCUCCAUGAGCCCAUGUAUCUUUUCCUUUUCAUGCUGGCCUUAGCAGAUCUUCUGCUCUCCACAGCCACUGCCCCCAAGAUGCUGGCCAUCUUCUGGUUUCAUUCCAAGAGUAUAUCCUUUGGUAGCUGUGUCUCCCAAAUGUUCUUCAUUCAUUUCAUCUUUGUGGCAGAGUCUGCCAUUCUUCUGGCCAUGGCAUUUGACCGCUAUGUGGCCAUCUGUUACCCUCUUAGAUACAGCAGCAUCCUCACUUCCUCAGUCAUUGGCAAGAUCGGCACAGCCGCUGUGCUCAGAAGCCUUUUCAUCUGCGGUCCCUUCAUCUUCCUGGUCCAUCGACUUCUGUAUUGUGGGAGAAAUGUAAUUCCCCAUUCAUACUGUGAGCACAUGGGCAUUGCCAGGUUGGCAUGUGACAGUAUCACUGUCAACAUCAUAUAUGGCCUGACCAUGGCCUUGCUGUCUACAGGGCUGGAUAUAAUGCUCAUCAUUAUUUCCUAUACCAUGAUCCUUAGCACCGUUUUCCAGAUCCCUUCCUGGGCUGCCAGAUGCAAGGCCCUCAACACAUGUGGCUCCCACAUCUGUGUCAUUCUAAUGUUCUACACACCUGCAUUCUUUUCAUUUUUUGCCCAUCGCUUUGGAGGCAAAGCCAUCCCUAGCCACAUGCACAUCCUAGUGGCCAAUCUGUAUGUGGUGGUGCCCCCUAUGCUUAACCCCAUCAUUUACGGGGUGAAAACCAAGCAAAUUCAAGAUAGAGUGGUUUUUCUUUUCUCCUCAUUGAGUACAUGGUGUUAA